AACAUUUUAAGAACAGCAAACCAAAAUAUUUUAUAUAUCAAAAUUAGAGAAUCUUAUUAACUAAACUUAUUGAAGCAAGUAUUGCUUAGGCAAUGCCCACUGUGGAGCACAACUAAGUGUUGAGUUUUUGUAUACGAGUGCCGUGCACCGCGUGCAGUUACUUUUAGUAGCGGCUGUAGCUGCUGACAGUUAGCCGCCAAAAUUCUCACCGCCAGCAGCAGCCACAACAUGAACUCCUACUUCGAACAGGCCUCUGGCUUCUAUGGCCAUCCGCACCAGGCAACGGGCAUGGCCAUGGGCACGGGCGGGCAUCACGAUCAGACGACGGCCAGCGCCGCGGCGGCCGCCUACAGAGGCUUCCCGCUAUCGCUGGGCAUGUCGCCGUAUGCCAACCACCAUCUGCAGCGCACCACACAGGACUCGCCGUACGAUGCGAGCAUCACGGCCGCCUGCAACAAGAUCUACGGCGAUGCUGGCAGCGCCUACAAACAGGACUGCCUCAACAUCAAAGCGGACACCGUCAAUGGCUAUAAGGAUAUUUGGAACACGGGCGGCACCAAUGGCGGGGGCGGCGGCGGAGGUGGCGGCGGUGGCAGCGCUGGCAACACCACCAACGGCUCCAAUGCGCCCAACGCUGCCAACGGACAGAAUAAUGCUGGCGGCGGUGGCAUGCCCGUUCGUCCAUCCGCCUGCACGCCUGACUCCCGCGUCGGCGGCUACUUGGACACAUCGGGAGGCAGCCCAGUUAGCCAUCGCGGUGGUGGCAGUGCCGGCGGCGGCGGCAAUGGCAGCGCCGGCGGCGUUCCACAGAACACAGCCAGCGGCGUGGGCGGCGGUGUGGGCGCGGCCACAGCCUGGAAUGCCAAUUGCACCAUCUCGGGCGCUGCGGCGGCCCAAACAGCGGCUGCCAGCAGCUUACACCAGGCCAGCAAUCACACCUUCUACCCCUGGAUGGCAAUCGCAGGUGAGUCCACAGCAGAUCCAAUCAAAAGUAAGAUAAGAUCUGAUUUAACACAAUACGGCGGCAUAUCAACAGACAUGGGUAAGAGAUACUCAGAAUCUCUUGCGGGCUCUCUUCUACCAGACUGGCUAGGCACAAAUGGUCUGAGGAGACGCGGCCGACAGACAUACACCCGCUACCAGACGCUCGAGCUGGAGAAGGAGUUCCACACGAAUCACUAUCUGACCCGCAGACGGAGAAUCGAGAUGGCGCACGCGCUGUGUUUGACAGAGCGACAAAUUAAGAUCUGGUUCCAGAAUCGACGAAUGAAGUUGAAAAAGGAGAUCCAGGCGAUCAAGGAGCUCAACGAGCAGGAGAAGCAGGCGCAGGCGCAAAAGGCAGCGGCAGCAGCGGCAGCGGCGGCGGCCGUGCAGGGCGGGCAUUUAGAUCAGAACUAGAACGAAUUCAACUUGCUGCAUCCCAUCCAGUGCAACAAUAUUGUAACAAAUAAACCGUUUACUUAACCUAAAUUAAUUCAAUAAUUCAAUAAUCAUAUUGAUAUUGUAUGGUAUCAUAAAGCAACUAUUUCAAAUUGUUUGAAAAGCAACCGAAAAUACGUAAAGCAGCAAACAGCAACAAAAAUUACAAAUAAAUUUCGUAGACUCUAAGUAAAUGAAAACAAAAACAAAAACAAAAACAAAAACUAAAAACUAAAAAUUGAAUAUAAAAGUAGUGGGAAUAAUACAAGAAAUCUACUUACCUAGAUUCAUACAUACGUAAAUCUAUGCAUACGAAUACGAAAUACAAAUUUAAUUUAAAUUCCACAAAGAGUGUUAGAAGUAAACUAAAACCUAAAUUUGAGAAUUGUUUGCCCGCGUAAGAUUUAUGUUUAAAACGAGCAACAAAUUUAUUUUUCAAAAAUUCGGUUCACAUGUUGUUUACGAGCCCUGAGCCCUGUCCCAUCCCAAAAACCCCCCAAAAAAAUAACAAAAACAAAAACAAAAAUAAAAUAAAAGAAAUCCCCUUUGUUGCUUACUGCUAUGUUUAAAUUAUAUUAUUUUCUUUCGGAUAAAAACGUUUCGAAAAUUAAAUUAAAUACUCAAAAUGUUAAAAAGUAAAAAUUAAAUUCUGUUGAUA